AGGGAAUUAUGUAUUAUAGUCUAACCACUCCAUUUGUCACAACAUAGGUAACACAGCUUCUCAACUUAAUCUCUUUUGAUGAUCAACUCUUUCAUUCUGUCCCUUGUCCAUAUUGAUUGCUUUACUUUUCAAGGAAAUGAAUCAUCAAAUAUUCAUUGGCUUGAUCUUUAUAGCCUCAUCAAUCAAUCUCCAUCUCAUGCAUCAAGCUCAAGCAGAUGAUAAAAAUCAAUGUGUUGUUGACAUGAAAUCUCCAUCAUCAUGGAAUGAUUCAAGAGUUGUGGGAGGGAAGUGGGGUGGAUUUCUGAGCAACAACACCUGCUCACAAACGCUAGAGAAAUACUUAUAUGCGCUGGCUAAGAAUGCCAACAAAACCGGGGAAAUAUUCUUGAACAUCACACAGCAAAAGGGUUGCUUUACUGAGAAGGAUGUUUCCAGCUGUGGCAUUGAGAGGCUAACUAGUGGGAGAGGAGGGUGCUCCGACUACUCUGUGAGAGACGUUAUUAACCAGCAAGGCACACAGCUGCAGAAUUUGGAUGAAGGCUGCAAGAGCUCAGGAUCAGAUGAAGAGUGCAGCUCUUGUUUGAAGAGGUGGGAGCAGAUGGCCAAUUUCACUAGUAAUGGCUCAAACGGAGAAGAAGAAGUCGAUAUCUGUAGGUUUUCGGUUCUUGUUACACUCACUAGUAGAAGGAUCAGUGACAUGGGAUGGAUAGAUUCAAUCUACACCUGCCUUGGAGAUGGAAUUCCAUUAGCUGAUGAGGAGAAAGAAGGGAAAGAGAUUACCUUAACAAAAGGUCUUGAAGUAGUGGCUGGUGGAGUUGGGGGGAUUUCAAUAGUAGUAGCUAUUCUGUGUGUGAUAUUCUUCAAGAAAAGAACUAAAACAAGACCUUCAAAGGAAAUCGAUGAAGGCGAAAACUCGUGUUCGGAGCAAUCCAGCAGCAUCAAGAUCUCCAUCAGAGAAAUUCAUCAAGCCACAGACAAUCUCAGUGCAACAAACUUGAUAGGCCAAGGCGUAGCAGGGAAAGUAUACAAGGGCAUCCUGUCAAACGGAGAGCAUGUGGCGGUGAAGCACAUAGUAAACGACGGGCACAUGGAGACGUUCGUGAGGGAGGUGAGGAGCUUAUCCCAUGUGAAGCAUCCCAACCUGGUGCAGUUGUUAGGGCACUGCGAUGGAGAGGAUGAGAGCUUUCUCGUUUACCAACUCUGUCACAAUGGAAACCUCUCAGAAUGGCUAUUCGGGAAGCAUCGGUUCCUGAGCUGGAUCCGAAGGGUGGAAAUCGCGGUAGACUGUGCCAGAGGGCUCUGCUUUCUGCAUAGCUAUCCAGAAGGCUGCAUUGUUCAUCGCGAUGUGAAGCCAACAAACAUCCUUCUAGGCAGCAACAUGGAAGCCAAGCUGUCGGACUUCGGAUUGUCAAAGGUGAUGAGCAUGGGAAUCUCGCAGGUGAGCUCCGAGGUACGAGGAACCUUCGGCUACGUGGACCCCGAGUACCAGAAGAAUCGCCACGUCCACUCCUCCACCGAUGUCUAUAGCUUCGGAGUAGUUCUUCUGCAGCUGCUGUCGGGCCAGAGGGUCAUCAACCUCGACGUCACUAGGCCCAUGCCUUUGAGCAAGAAGGCUAAAAUUCUGAGAAAGGGAGGGGAUGUAACACAAUUUGCUGAUCCAAAACUUAAUGGUGAGUAUCCAUUGGAGGGCUUUGAGAUGAUAUUGAAGCUGGCAUUGUGUUGUACUGGGCUUAAGCACCAACGCCCUUCCAUGGAAACAGUGCUGCCAUUGCUUCACAAAGCCCAUCUCAUUUCUUUAUCACACCAAUCUCUUCAUUCUUCUCUCCACACCACCAGGGCAGACGCACGUGACAUAGGAAAAUGACAUGUAUAUUAUUACAUUCAGGGUUUGAAAUUGGGGAAAUCAUUAUUGAUCCUCUUCUGUUGAAAAAAAAACUAGGACAAUAUUGACGGUGGCUCUUGCUAAUUAUUAUGUUAAAAUGUUUGGACCAUUUGAAUUUAUGAAAUAUUGAUUUCUUCCGUACAUCAUAAAUAGCCAUAGCCCAUUUUGAUUAAUU